AUGGUCAAGCUAGGCAAAAACUCAAAGCGGACGCCCGUCCGGCUACGACACAAGAUCGAGAAAGCCUCCGCGGCGAAGCAACGCAAGCAGAGAAAGCUUGCGAAGAAGAACCCCGAAUGGCGCUCCAAGAUAAAGAAGGACCCCGGUAUCCCCAACCUCUUCCCGCACAAGGAAAAGAUGCUCCAUGAGAUCGAGGAGCGGAGACGGUUGAAGGCGGAGGAACAAGAGCGAAUUCGUGAGGAGGCUCGCUCGAAGCGCGCUGCUCAGAAGCAAAAUGGUGCUGAGCAGGGUAGUGAGGAGGCAACGGGAAACAAAAUGGCUGAUCUCGGGGAUGAUAAUCUGUUGGAUGACGAGAUGGAUGAGGAUGUUGGUGACGAUGCGAACCCAAUGGCUGCGCUUCUUGCGUCUGCUAGGGCUAGGGCUACCGAGUAUGGCGAGGGUGAUGAUGAGAGCGAGGAUGAGGAUGAGAUGGACGAGGAUGAUGACAUGGAUGGAAUGAGUGACGACGAUGUGCAGGCGGAUGAGGAUGGUGUUCCUACCCUUGUUUCUGGGAAGGAAACCUCAAGACGGGCUUUUGAUAAGGUUUUCAAGAAGGUCGUUGAGGCGGCGGAUGUCAUUCUUUAUGUGUUGGAUGCGCGUGAUCCUGAAGGCACACGAUCGAAAGAGGUGGAGCGGGAGAUCAUGGCCGCGGACGGUGGACAGAAGCGACUCAUCCUUAUCCUCAACAAGAUCGAUCUUGUCCCACCGCCUGUGCUCAAGAACUGGCUGAUCCAUCUGCGACGCUACUUCCCUACGCUGCCGCUGAAGGCAUCCAACGGCUCUGGCAAUGCGCACAGCUUCGACCACAAGCAGCUUUCCGUCAAGGGAACAUCGGAGACACUCUUCCGCGCACUGAAGACCUAUGCCCAGAGCAAGAGUCUCGGACGCGCCAUCUCUGUCGGCGUUAUCGGGUACCCCAAUGUCGGCAAAUCCUCCGUCAUCAAUGCCCUCACUGCCCGCAUGAGCAGAGGCUCCAGUAACGCUUGCCCCACGGGUGCCGAAGCCGGUGUCACCACAAACCUCCGCGAGGUCAAGCUUGACAGCAAACUCAAGCUCAUUGACUCUCCCGGUAUUGUCUUCCCCAACACCAGCGGCGAGAAGAAGGGCAAGAAGAAGCAGGACGACCAGGCCCGUCUUAUCCUCCUCAAUGCCGUCCCUCCGAAACAAAUUGAAGACCCGAUCCCCGCUGUCAACCUCCUCCUCAAGCGCCUGUCCUCCUCGGAGGGGCUCCUUUCAAAACUUCUCCAGGUAUACGGUAUCCCCACGCUAUCCUCUGGUAGUUCAACCACAGACGAAACAAACGACUUCCUUAUCCAGGUCGCUCGCAAGCGCGGACGUCUCGGUAAGCACGGCGUGCCGAACCUCGAGGCCGCCGCCAUGACAGUCGUCAACGACUGGCGCGACGGACGUAUUCAGGGCUGGGCCACGCCUCCAGUCCUGCAGGUCGUGAACACGGAUGCCGCGGGUGCGGAUACUGCUGCCACCGCGGCUGCGUCUGGUGUUGACACGAGACAAGUCGUGAGCCAGUGGGCGGCAGAAUUCAAGAUCGAGGGAUUAUGGGGUGAUGGAAAUGGGGCCGAUGAGGGUAUGGAGGAGUAG